GCUUAUGCAGUUGCGUUGGUUUUGAUGUCUGAAAAAUUACGAUCAUCUCACGCGGCCAGUUCAGUUUUGCCUGACAAACCCAAAUAUCCGACCAAGACCAACAGCGCUUUCGUUCCGGUGCUUAGCGCAAAUGGUGCUUCUAGCAACCACAAUAGAACUGCGUCGCGAGACAGCACUCCUGUAUCACAGGUGUCCUACCCUGGGUAUGGGCAGCCAAAUGCAGUAGCUUAUAAUCCUCAGCCAAUGCAGUUUCCGCAGUACCCUAUGACUGCUCAGAUGGGAUACCCUCCCCUUCCGGGAAAUAUUGGGAUGCCUGCUCCUUCUGGAAUGACUGGAACUCAUGGAGUUCCUGGAAUGUCAGCAGCUCCUGGAAUGCCUGGAGGUCCUGGAACUCCUCUCAGUUACUAUCAACAUCCUAUGCAGCAACCUCAAAUGUCGCCAUAUUGGCCGAGUUAUCAAACCACGAGCCAACAAGCCUACCCAAUGGCCAAUCAGAGUUAUUAUCAGAAUAAUUCAUACACGAGCCCACAGGUGAAUCAUCAGUCGACAUCAGGUUUCGAACCCAUGAAUUCCUCGACACUAAAUAGACCGCCAAGUGGAAAAUCGAAAACUGGGACGAAUUCUGAUCUUCCAUCGCCUGUUACGAACUCAGGAGCCGGAAAUCCGGGUCCAGAAGCUGGUGAAAAGCAUGGAGUAAAUGAAACUUCAUCAAGAGGCCAUACACCUCUGAUUAAUCCUCCGAUUCCAAAUCAGUUCUCAACUCCGUAUAAUGCGUAUAAUAACAUGCAUGGUAAUUUCGGACAGCCUCAGCAGUAUCCGGCUCAACCGAUGAACUACAAUCCCUAUAUGCCAGCACCUUCGCCGUACUACCCUGGAUACGAUAUGGGUACGAUGCAAAUGUACGACCAGUGGUACAAAAUGUACGCUAAUGCUAUGCGGAACAUGUACUACCCUUAUAUGAAGAAAAGAGAAAAAAGAAGUGAUCGCGAGACGACGUCGGUCACUCGGGAUUCGGUUUAUUCGCCCGCAGAGUCUAGUGCCGUCGGAACAAAUGACGAUGAAGUGCAAUCUCGAGUUGACAACUAUGUAUCGCCGAGCGUAGUGACAAAUGCGUCAGACUCUGGUCGAAAGACGCCAGAAAGGUUUCCAGGUUUGCAUUCUAUAGCCAAGUUUUCCCCUAAUGGGGCCUUUUUGUUUACCGACUUACAAAGUGGCGGUAAAAGUCAUUUAUAUCUGCACACUUUUUCGGUUUCUUCUUCGACGGGAUUUCCGGAGGCUUUGGAGACUUUUCCUGGACCUCUUUAUGGCCAGUCUUGGAAAGCUCCAAAGAGUGAAGUUAAAAGAUACCUUUCGAACCGAUUAAAAGAGUGUCGAAAAAUGAUGAGAAGUUUUGAACCAACAGAUUUUUUCGCUCAACUUGGAGACGUUUUUGACUUCAUGAUUCUUCUGAAGUAUUUGUUGCUCCUGGUUGAUAAUGAUGGCGCGCCGGAUGAAGUUUCAAUCUGUGACAUAUUAACUGAAGAUUUGGACGAGAACGAUAAGUUAGACUUCGAUAGUCCAAAAUCAAUUUCAUUGUCGGAUUUGAACGAAACGAUUUUGACCUCACCGUGUGAUGACAAAAGGGCGGAAAUAAUGACGAAGCUGACCAAAAUGCUCCUAAGAGGAGAAUCAAAAAAGUUUGUCGAACUAGCCGUGCAAGAAAAACUCUGGGGUAUUGCAUUGCGCUUUAGUCAAGUGAUGUGCCCAAGUCUUUUCAACAAAGUUUGCAUCCAGUUUGAUCAGGCAAACGUCGCAAUUAACGAUCCAUUAAAGACAUACAUUAUAGUGAAAACAUGCAAAGAUCUCCAUUUUGUGGAAAAUGAGGCUUUGAGUGUGAAUUGGAAGCAGCAUUUAGCGAUCAUUCUAUCGAAUUGCGUCAACGAAGAAAAAAUGUUUGAAUAUUGCAUGUCAUUGAGCGAUGUUUUGUCUGGUUUGAGGAGACCUUAUGCAUCGCAAUUAUGUAAUCUUCUGGCCAAGUUGGAUUUCGACUGGCCAUCUUAUAAGGUUCCAAAGAAUCUGGUGCUUAUCGGCUUGCCAAUGGAAAAAUCUUUAGCAGCCUCAGUCGGAAAGAAUUUCUUACCAAUGACGUUGACGAUGAUUUACGAACACGCCAUUAAACAAAGUUUUCCGAGCUUCACGAUUCCUUACUUGCAAGUGUGUAAACUGACUCUAGCUCGCAAAUAUCUAGACUGUGGUAAGUUCGAAACAGCUUUCAAGUAUUGCGAAAAUAUUUCAGUAAAUUUGCUCGUAAACGCCAAUAUCGUAGGCCUCGCUUUUAUUGUGCAAUUGACUGAGAUUUCAUUUAUGCUGGCUUUGAAAUUAAGUAAAACGAGGGAUGAAUGGUUUAAAAACCUUUUGGAAUUGUAUCGAAAAAUCACUGGAAUGACAUUGGAUGUGUCUCAAGGCGAAAACGAAGUACAAAAAGUAGCUAGCAAAAGUGUGACGAAUGUCGGAAAAACCGCUGCCUACUCAACUAUUGAAUCGGAUUCGAAUAUCCCCGAACGAAAAUCAAGUUCAUCUUUACAGUAUCCUCGUUUGCAACAGGUUGCUGACCCUGUCAAUUAUACUACAGUAAACAGCAAAGUGCAACAACAACAAGAAAAUCAUAAUUUGAAAUUGCAUGAUAGUUCUAAACCUAGAUCUGAACAAAAUUCCAUAUCGAAUAAAUUCCCAGGACCUAAAGUUCCUGAAGAUGAAAUUGCGGCGACGUCUGUACGACCUUCAUUUGAUCACUUCGAACAAUAUCCAUCAAAUACUGAACAAACUUUCGAUCCGAACACAAAAAGGAACUCAUCCAAUCAGUUUGCUGGUCCUUCUUUUGAUAUGAACAGAAAUCAAAUGUCAGACGAAGUUCAAAUGGCGAACCUUAAAAGACAAACUAGCAGACUGUCAUUAGGAUCCACGGCUUCAUCGCAUACCAACAACCCGCUACGACGACUGGGCUCCAAAGGCAGCGUAACAGAACAAAAUGAUGGAAUGAAUAAUAGUUUCCAAGGUCCGCCUCCCCCGCCCAGCGAACCACCGUUCGGAAACUCAAAUAUCUUCCUCGAGGGUAUCCCGUCAAUGAACCAGAACGACUUCAACUACGAAAGUCAGAACCCAGCUGCGAAUUUUUCUAGUUCGUACCCCAGUAACGUCAACAGUAAUUUCUACCAGGAAGAUACGGCUACAACUAACUACUCUUCGCGUGGUUAUCUCGAAGAAGCGAAUUUGCGAAGAAACUCAGGAGCUCACUCGCAGUUUGACUACGACGACGAAGAAUCGGAAGAAGAGAGUUCGGAUAACCAAGACGAACGAGAGGAAGACGACGGGUUAGUGACAACUCACAGUAGUAGCGGUUGGUCUUCGGAAGUCAGAUCAUCAAGCACAUUUGUCGGUUCUGGUAACCAGGCUUCGACUUACAAUCACCAGACUUCGGGAUUCUCGAGUUCUCCAAGGUAUGAAACGGCUCCGAACCAAAUGCAGGGUGGCAAUUUGACUUCUCAUAGCGCUGUUAUUAGCUCUUCAAAUAGCCAGAAGGAACCACAAGAAAGUGCACCGCCUCCCCCGUUUUCUCUAUCGUACACUCAGAAUGCAAUGCCACCUUCUCAACCAGCUGCGCCGAAUCCAUUCUCAAGAAGUGGACUUAGUGGAAAUAGAUCAAGUCAGUACCAACAAUACCCAAAUGCGUUCAAGGUCGCAGAAGCUUCUAAGAUUCUGCCGCCGCCAGCGAUGCCAACUCCUCACCAUAUGUAUGAACCAACAUCAGCAGGCGCAGAAACACAACCUCAGAUGCCUCAGUAUCGAGAGCCUCAGCAAGGUGAUUGGAACACUGAAAAUAGGUACGCACAAGAAAGCAAUCAACACGCCUCGAAAGAAAACGUCGAAAAUAUUGGCUAUCAAACUGGCCUCAGAGGCUUUGAGCCUCCGUUUUCAAAUGGAAAUCAAAGUGUUAGCAACUCGAACCAAUCAGAUGUAAUGAGUAUAGGUCAAGAAAAAUCUUAUGGGGCGCCUCCAAUUGCUGAAAGUAAUGAUGAAAGUGAACCGCCAGUGAUGCCGACAUUUUUCAACCCCGCAAAGUUCAAAUCUGUGGCAUCAAUGGGACCCCCAGUUUUUCCGUCAAUAACUUCAGGGAAAGGGGCAAAAAAGUAAAAUGGUAUUCAUUUUGGUGCUUUAAUUAUGGUCGAUUCAAAUGUUUAUGUGAUUUAAUUUUAUAUUAGAUAUCAUUCGCUUGAGGUGUUUAAUUGUUGGAUUUAAGGAAUAAUUAAUGUUAUAUAUGUUUGGAAAU